GGCACUUGUGGCAUUUGGCCAUGGCAAGUGGCAACACACAGAUUGACACUUCUUUUCAGUGUCGUGCAAAAUGGCGGAUCAGACUGAACGUUCAUUUCAAAAGCAGCCUACGGUGUUCUUAAACCGUAAAAAAGGCAUUGGCGUGAAACGUAGCCGCAAGCCAUUGAGAUACCACAAAGAUGUGGGUCUCGGGUUCAAAACUCCGAGAGAGGCGAUUGAAGGAACAUACAUUGAUAAGAAAUGUCCAUUCACUGGAAAUGUAUCAAUCCGUGGUCGCAUCCUAACUGGUGUUGUUCAGAAAAUGAAGAUGCAACGGACAAUCGUCAUAAGGAGGGACUACCUACACUACCUGCCCAAGUACAAUCGGUUUGAGAAACGCCACAGGAAUAUGUCUGUCCAUUUGUCACCAUGCUUCAGGGAUGUUGAAAUGGGGGAUAUUGUCACUAUUGGUGAAUGCAGACCUCUUUCUAAAACAGUAAGAUUCAAUGUAUUGAAGGUUUCAAAAGGCAAGGGUUCCAAGAAAUCUUUUAAGAAAUUCUAAAUAAAAUUACUUUAUAAGUA